UGAUAAUACAGAUUUAUUAGAAUUAAAAUUGAAAAGAACAAAGAUGAUAAUUAGAGGAAGACAGAAAUUUCCAGCUUGCUGUCCAGUGAUAACAACGGCGAUUUCGGCACGAGUCAGACCGCUCCCGCGGACAACAGGAGUUGGUUUAGACGAAUGUUCAAUACUACACCACUCUUCGAGAGGAGUUUGUCCACAAUUCGUUCAACUGGUCUAUUCCAGGAGUCGCGGAACAGCGAUCAGUCAAGUAGUGAUUCAGAUUGUCAGUGGAAUAAUUCUUGUAGCCAACAAUAUGGGGCCAAUGGUGGCUAUGCUUACAAUCGAGUGUGUAGCACUGAGAAGAUGGAUGUAUCGGGACACUCAACAAAAGGAAUUCGAAUUUACUGGCGUAUCAUGUAACCAAGGGACACUUACGUCUGGUGAUUAGAUUAUCAGUUAGCUUUCACAUCAUAAAAAGAGAUAUUCGAGUUGGAAAUUUUGUUCUUUCUAUCACUGUAUAAAUUAAAUUCUUUGCAUUA